CGCGGCCGGCGGCAGAGGGAGCCGCGAUGGAGGGUCCUCCAGACUGUCCGCCCGGAGAGUCAAACAUUGCCACCGAGUCACCGGAAGAAUUAGAGGAAAAUCCUAGUCCAGUUGCGGAUGAGAAUAAUACAGUGUCAGCUAAAAAACAGGGGCCACAUGGACAUAACUGGAGUGGUGACUGGAGCUUUUGGAUUUCAAGUUCCACCUAUAAAGACAGGAAUGAGGAAUACAGAAGACAGUUCACACAACUACCUGACACAGAGAAGCUGAUAGCAGAUUAUGCUUGUGCUCUUCAGAAAGACAUUUUGCUUCAGGGACGACUAUACCUUUCAGAAAACUGGCUAUGUUUCCAUAGCAACAUCUUCAAAUGGGAAACUACAAUUUCUAUUGCUUUAAAGAAUAUAACCUUCAUGACCAAGGAGAAAACUGCUCGACUCAUCCCAAAUGCUAUCCAGAUCGCUACUGACAGUGAAAAGUUUUUCUUUACAUCUUUUGGUGCCAGGGAUAGAAGUUACCUCAGUAUCUUUAGAUUGUGGCAGAAUGCACUAUUAGACAAGAGCUUGACCAGACAGGAAUUCUGGCAGCUGCUCCAGCAGAACUAUGGAGCUGAGCUAGGCUUAAAUGCUGAAGAGAUGGAAAACUUGUCCGUGUCGAUUGAGGAUAAUGUGCAGCCAAGAAGUCCUGAAAGAAGCAACUUGGAUGACUGUGGGGAGAGAGAUGAAAAAUUAUCCAAGUCAAUCAGUUUUAUCCCUGAAUCAAUUAAUCGGACUUCAGAAACAGAGUCAAUCGAUGGAACUCUAUCAAAAGCGGAGUUAGGGAAAGAGGAAGCUCAAAGUGAGAAACAGAUGAAAAAGAGUCCUUCACUAACUUCAGAAAAGAGGUUAAGCAGAGUACCAUCAAAAUCACUGGACUUGAAUAAAAAUGAGUAUCUUUCUCUGGACAAAAGCAGCACUUCAGAUUCUGUUGAUGAAGAAAAUAUUCCUGAGAAAGAUCUUCGUGGAAGACUUUAUAUCAACCGCGUUUUUCACAUCAAUGCUGAUAAAAUGUUUGAAUUGCUCUUCACCAGUUCACGAUUUAUGCAGAGAUUUACCAAUUCUAGAAAUAUAAUAGAUGUAGUAUCUACCCCUUGGAAUGUGGAACCUGGAGGCAAUCAACUGAGAACCAUGACCUACACCAUAAUUCUUAAUAAUCCGCUCACUGGGAAGUGCACCACUGCCACAGAAAAGCAG